AUUUGAUUCUAGUAAUUUGUGCAGUGAUGUUUAUACGUUCUAAUUUGAAAAAAUGGGUCGUAGGAUUUGGUGCAUUAGGUAGUGCAAUGGUCUUUUAUUCAAAUGAUGAUGAUAAUGAUAACAAUAGUGAAUUAUCACAAAUGCACAAGUCUAAAAUAGCAUUUUCUUCGUCUUGGGAUUAUAACUGGGAUAGACGAGAUCCAAGAGGUUUAAUAAAUCCAAUGAAAAUAAAUAAUGAAUCAAAUCAAAAUACGUAUGAUAAACAAUUAAUAAGCAAAACAACAAAAGUUAUGCACCACAUAAUUUUAAUUCGUCAUGGACAGUAUAAUGUAGAAGCUAAAACAGAUGCAGAUAGGACACUCACAAAUCUCGGUAGACAACAAGCUGAUGCAACAGGAAAAAGAUUACAAGAAUUAGGUUUGCCAUAUACUUCACUUAUACAUUCAACAAUGACACGGGCACAAGAAACUGCUGAAAUUAUAGAAAAGACACUUCCAAACGUAGCUGUAAAAUGUGAUUCGCUUCUUAAUGAAGGUUCACCAAUACAACCUGAACCACCAUCACCUAAUUGGAAACCUGAAGUAAAUUUUUAUAGAGAUGGACCUAGAAUAGAAGCAGCAUUCAGAAAAUAUUUUCAUCGUGCAGAUUUCAAUCAAAAAACAGAUUCUUAUACAAUUCUUGUUUGUCAUGCAAAUGUUAUUAGAUAUUUUGUAUGCAGAGUAUUGCAAUUUCCAGCAGAAAGUUGGUUGCGUUUAAGUUUAAAUCAUGCUAGUAUUACGUGGAUUAUUAUUUAUCCUAGUGGUAUUGUAAAAUUAUGGGCUUUUGGUGAUACUGGACACAUGAAACCACAACUUAUUUCAUAA